CUGUUGGGAGGAAAAGAGGAAAACUGAGCCACAGCCACGACGGUGGAUGUGAGCGUCUCCUGUCUGCGCAUGCGCCCGCUCAGCGGCCUGCUUCUAUUUAUGUGGGGGAUCCAACAUGGCGGCCGCAGCGACCCUGGCGAUGGCGGUGGAGCCCAUCAGAACAUAGUGGCGGGGAAGGGGGCACAGUCCGCACUCACGGUGGCGUCGGCGGCGACGGCUGAGGGUGGUGGAGGGAAGAAAAGCGACGGAGAGCAAAAGGAAGGGCAGGCAGGCAAACAACUCGGCGUAGAACCGAGCGCCGGCUCGAGCGAAGGCAGAGGGCCAGAACAGUGGGGAUGGCGGAGCCACGCAGAGUAGCGUUUAUUAGCCUGUCACCGGUGAGGCGGCGCGAGGCCGAGUUCCCGGGGGCCGAACGCGAGCCCGACUACCCUCGCGAGCCCCCCCGACUGGAGCCGCAGCCGUACCGCGAGCCGGCCCGCGCGGAGCAGUCGGCCCCGCGGGAGGUUGCCCCCCGGUCGGACGCGCAGCCCCCGCCGCGGGAGAAGCCGCUCCCCCAGCGCGAGGUCAGCCGCGCUGAGCCGCCCAUGUCGCUGCAGCGCGAGCCCCCUAGGCCCGAGCCGCCGCCGCCGCCGCCGCUCCCGCAGUUGCACUUGCAGUCGCCUCCGCCGCGGGAGUCGGCUUCCCGGGCCGAGCCGCAGCAGAGGCCGCCGAAGGAGACAGUGCGCCUGGAGCUGGUGCUCAAGGAUCCCACCGACGAGAGCUGCGUGGAGUUCAGCUACCCAGAGCUGUUGCUGUGCGGAGAACAACGGCAGAAGAAGCCCGUUUACAUGGAAGACCCGUUCAAUGAUGAUCAUCAAGAGAGGCAAGAAGUGGAAAUGUUGGCUAAGAAGUUUGAAAUGAAAUAUGGUGGGAAGCCCCGUAAACACCGGAAGGAUCGGCUACAAGAUUUAAUCGAUAUAGGCUUUGGCUAUGAUGAGACAGAUCCAUUUAUUGAUAAUUCAGAGGCUUAUGACGAAUUAGUUCCUGCUUCUCUAACAACAAAAUAUGGAGGCUUUUAUAUCAACACUGGCACUCUCCAGUUUCGCCAAGCUUCAGAUACUGAAGAAGAAGAUAUUACAGACAACCAAAAGCACAAGCCACCCAAAAUUCCCAAAAUGAAAGAAGAUGAUAUUGAGAUGAAGAAGCGGAAGCGGAAGGAAGAAGGGGAAAAGGAGAAGAAGCCAAGGAAAAAAGUACCGAAACAACUGGGAGUUGUGGCUCUAAAUUCACACAAAUCUGAAAAAAAGAAGAAACGUUAUAAAGAUUCUCUUUCUCUAGCUGCCAUGAUAAGAAAAUUUCAAAAGGAGAAGGAUGCAUUAAGGAAGGAGUCUAACCCUAAAGUCCCAGUGAACUUCUCAACCUCCUCUCUGAAUAAAACCCCCUCUGCUGCCGUGGCAUUGGGAAAUGAUGUCUCGGACUUAAAUCUGAAUAGUGCUGAUCCAGACCUCCCCAUUUUUGUUAGCACAAAUGAACAUGAACUAUUUCAGGAAGCUGAAAAUGCCCUAGAGAUGCUAGAUGAUUUCGACUUUGACAGAUUACUGGAUGCUGCUUCUAAUGGUAGCCCCCUCUCUGAGUCAGGAGGAGAGAAUGGAAACACCACCCAGCCAACCUAUGCCUCUCAAGUUAUGCCCAAGGUGGUACCUACACUCCCAGAGGGUCUGCCUGUCCUUCUUGAAAAACGUAUCGAAGACCUCCGUGUAGCUGCCAAACUUUUUGAUGAAGAAGGAAGGAAAAAAUUCUUUACACAGGAUAUGAAUAAUAUUCUUCUGGACAUUGAGUUACAGCUGCAGGAACUAGGCCCUGUCAUUCGUAGCGGUGUCUACUCCCACCUUGAAGCUUUUGUGCCAUGCAAUAAAGAAACACUGGUAAAACGUCUAAAGAAGUUACAUCUCAAUGUCCAGGAUGAUCGUUUAAGAGAACCUCUGCAAAAACUGAAACUGGCUGUUAGCAAUGUCAUGCCUGAACAGCUAUUUAAAUACCAGGAGGACUGCCAGGCUCGUAAUCAAGCUAAGUGUGCCAAGUUUCAAACAGAUGAAGAACGAGAAAAAAAUGGAUCUGAGGAAGAUGAUGAUGAGAAACCAGGGAAACGUGUCAUAGGACCAAGGAAGAAAUUCCACUGGGAUGACACCAUUAGAACUUUGUUAUGUAACCUUGUUGAGAUCAAAUUGGGAUGCUAUGAGUUAGAGCCAAAUAAAAGCCAGUCUGCUGAGGAUUAUCUUAAAUCCUUUAUGGAGACAGAGGUGAAACCAUUGUGGCCUAAGGGCUGGAUGCAGGCAAGAAUGCUUUUUAAGGAAAGUCGGAGUGUACAUAAUCAUCUUACUUCUGCUCCGGCGAAGAAAAAGGUGAUUCCUGCACCUAAAGCCAAAGUGAAGGAGUGUAGUCCAAAAAAGGACCAGAAAACUCCUGCAUCCUUGGUGGCUUCAGUUGGUGGCCCUUCAACGAGCUCUAGCACAUCUGCUGUGGCCUCCACCAGUUCUAGCUCUACACCAGCCCAGGAGACGAUCUGCCUUGAUGACUCACUAGAUGAAGAACUUUCUUUUCAUCCACCUGCACUGGAUCUUGUUUCUGAAGCUUUAGCUGUUAUCAACAACGGGAACAAGGGCCCUCCAGCUGGCUCACGGAUAAGUAUGCCAACUGCAAAACCUCGUCCAGGACUGAGAGAGGAAAAAUUAGCAAGUAUCAUGAGUAAACUGCCACUGGCUACUCCCAAAAAACUAGAUUCUACUCAGACCGCACAUUCAUCAAGUCUUAUUGCUGGCCACACAGGGCCAGUACCAAAGAAACCCCAGGAUUUAGCUCAUACUGGCAUCUCUUCAGGCCUUAUUGCUGGUUCUUCAAUUCAGAACCCUAAAGUUUCCUUAGAACCUUUGCCAGCCAGGCUACUUCAACAAGGACUACAGAGGUCAAGCCAGAUUCAUGCUUCUUCCUCUUCACAGACCCAUGUCUCCUCUUCUUCCCAAGCCCAAGUUGCUGCCUCCUCUCACGCUCUGGGAACAUCAGAGGCCCAAGAUGCUUCUUCGUUAACACAAGUAACAAAGGUGCACCAGCAUUCAGCUGUCCAACAGAACUAUGUGUCUCCAUUACAAGCAACUAUUAGUAAAUCACAGACCAAUCCAGUGGUGAAAUUAAGUAAUAAUCCCCAACUUUCCUGUUCAUCCCCACUUAUUAAGUCUUCAGAUAAGCCACUUAUGUACCGCCUUCCCUUAUCUACUCCCCAACCUGGAAAUGGUUCUCAAGGGUCCCACUCCCUGGUUUCUAGGACAGUACCUAGCACCACUACCUCCAGUAACUAUUUAGCCAAGGCGAUGGUGUCACAAAUCUCCACGCAAGGUUUCAAAUCUCCCUUCUCAAUGGCUGCAUCCCCAAAACUUGCCGCAUCUCCGAAACCUGCCACGUCUCCUAAACCCUUGCCCUCACCUAAGCCUUCUGCCUCACCCAAGCCCUCUCAGUCAGCUAAGCCUUCAGUAUCAACUAAACUUAUUUCUAAAUCCAACCCAACUCCCAAACCUACUGUAUCCCCAAGUUCUUCCAGUCCAAAUGCACUAGUGGCCCAGAGUAGCCACUCUAGCAGUAACAACCCAGUCCAUAAACAGCCCAGUGGAAUAAACAUCAGCAGACAGUCUCCCACCUUGAAUUUAUUGCCCUCUAAUCGCACUUCAGGCCUUCCAUCUACAAAAAAUCUUCAGGCCCCUCCAAAGCUAACAAACUCAUCAUCCACUGGAACUGUCGGCAAGAAUAGCUUGAGUGGAAUUGCAAUGAAUGUACCGGCCAGCAGAGGUAGCAACCUUAACUCAAGCGGAGCUAAUAGGACUAGUCUAUCUGGGGGAACAGGAAGUGGAACACAGGGUGCUACUAAACCGUUGUCUACUCCACAUAGACCAUCCUCUGCCUCAGGGUCGUCAGUGGUAACAGCCAGUGUGCAGUCCACAGCAGGAGCAUCAUUAUUGGCUAAUGCCUCACCUCUGACUCUCAUGACAUCACCUUUGUCUGUAACAAAUCAAAAUGUGACUCCUUUUGGGAUGCUGGGUGGCCUUGUUCCAGUGACCAUGCCCUUCCAGUUUCCCUUGGAGCUACUUGGCUUUGGAACGGACACAGCUGGAGUGACAGCCACCUCGGGAUCUACCUCAGCCGCUUUCCACCAUAGCCUAACUCAGAAUUUACUAAAGGGUUUACAGCCAGGAGCUCAGCAUGCAGCAACACUUUCCCACUCACCUCUGCCUACACAUUUACAGCAAACAUUUAAUGAUGGAGGCCAAAGUAAAGGGGACACUAAAUUACCACGGAAAUCUCAGUGACUUCCCAGCAAGCAAAGGAGAUGACACACUCGGCUGGCUGAUGGAAUCUACCUGAUGGAAAAGUACUCAUGUGGUCAUAGGGCUGCUGUUCUGUCGAUGUUUACAUUCUCUCGUCCCAAGCACUGUGGUGAGGAGGAAAAAGAAAAGAAAACAUUACUUGAGUAAAGCCAGGUGCAGGAGGAAGAAAUGUGCAAAGUUAGUGACCUUUGGUCUCUUCUAAAGAAAGACAAAGUUACCAUAUUAACUGACUUGAAAGAGACUCAGUUGUCAAACCCACAGAAAUACAGAUUUGAUUUUUCCCGGGGGAGGAAGAAGGAAAUUGAGGAUUUGGGUAAACUCCAUCCAUCCUGGGGGUUGGAUCUGAACACUUGUAGACAUAAUUGCAUAAUAAAAGACAAUAUAUCUGAAAUUAGGCCAGUUUGUCAGGAGUAAUGAUCAUGUCUGGGUGGACUGUGCAGCAAAUUUGCCACAAAAAAAGUUAAUGACCCUAUGUCUGAUACAGACAGUAGCUGAGUAUAAAUGUACCCUCUAGAAUCCUGAACAAACUUGAAUCUUCUCCAGUGUGUAGCAACUCCUAUGUAAAUCAGUGGACUAAAGAUGCUUCAGGAAAGUCAUUUUAGCACAGUGAUAUGUAUUACACUUUUAAGUCAAAAAAUUGAGCCCGUUGCUCUUAACAGACAAAACUUAGAUGUUCCCUUUUUGUAAAAGGGUCAAUUACAUCUUCCAUUCAGAAGCAGGUACUUAACUCUCUUCUUCAGGUGAUUUGUGCAUCUGGUAUUGACUGGUUAAUUCUUAUUUCCAUUCUUGAUGUUAAAACGUGACUGUGUUCACAUUUUCCUCUUGAGAAAUGGGGAUCUUUGAUAUAGGGCUGUGGCUUUGGUCCACUUAGCCUUUGCAGGCCUGCCAGUAUGAACUGUAAAUUUCCCCCAACAUCACCUCAGGUUCACAACGUCUCCUUCUGUUCUUUUAGCUAGUGGUAUUUCAGGUGAUUAUUAGCUAUUGAUAUAAACAGGUAUAAGUGUGCAUUACAAUGCUUCUUCAUUGGUCAUUCAAACGGCAUAUAUGUAUUUUUUUUUGGAAUUUUGAAGAUGGUAUUUUAAAGGGAAGAAUUAAAUUAGGAUCAUUAUGUGUACAGGGGAUUAUUUUUAUAACAAUCAUAGUGUAUUUUUACUCCCUAUAUCCAGUGUAGUGAAAUUGAUUUGGAGCAUUUGGGAUUUUAAAGCUUUACUAAUAUUUACUCAGAGUAUUGAUAUGUGAGUAAACCUGCAGAUAAUAAGACUCCGUUAUUAUAGCUUCCUCAUGCAAAUAGCAUAUUCAACAAAGGACGUUAAGGGAGAAAUUUAUGGUUAUGUUUGGAUACAUUUUGUUUGGGUUCUUUUUCACCUCAUCAUUGUUCUAGUCUCUCUUUUUUCUUCCUAUUUAGGCUUCUGAAUGUUCUCAAACUGUACUCAAGAAUAGUGUAAGCUUGAUCCAUUAACAAUGACAGACUAACCUAAAAAAACCAGCAUCAGAUUGGUAGUAGCAAGAUUCCUUGCCUGUGUUUUCAUUACAAAUCAUCCUGUUAACGUUUACUCAGAUAAGGGUAUUAACCAGGCCCUUUUUUUUUACUUUAAUGAGCAGAAGUUCCACAGAGCUUUAGGACUGUGAAUAAAUUAGCACAGAUCUCUUUAGAUCUGUAAGCCUAUAUUUUGACUUCAGAGUCACAUUGGCUUGGUUAUAGCAAAAAAAAAAAAAAAAAAGUUAAUAACUGAAAACUUUAGUUCUAAGAACUUGUUACAGUAAGAGGAAAGGAUUAUUUCAAAGGAAUCAUUGAUAUAAUUACUUGCCUCUAAGAAUUUAGUUUACCGGUAAAGCAAAUAAGAAUGUUGUAUCAACCCUGGUGGAUAUUUUGGAAGGAUAUUGGGAUGGUGCAGAUAGGUUUGACUUGAAUUGAGUAUGUUUGAGUAAAGUUUGUUUGGUUUUUUAACUAGGGAAACUUACCCAAUUCUUGAGUUGUUCCAGUGUAGCAUACCUCUUGCUUUUAUUUAAUUUAGAAAAAAGAAGUCUUUGCUAAUCUAUAGGAAUUUUCCUUUGGGAAGCUGCCUUUGUUUUACUUCCCAUACCAGGAGAGAAGUCAGAAUGCACAUUAAUCUCUCUUCCUGAGGAUAGUUGUGCAUGUAUUCUUCUGUAUGUGUAAAUCUGUACACAUAUAUUUAUCUAUAUAUAAGUUCAUUAGGACUUUCAGUUGAGGAGUAACAACUUUAAUUUCUUAAAUCCAUCAACUCUGAAUCACGCCUUGUGAAGAUCCCUGAUGACUCUGUCUUCAUUAGAGAAGAACAGGAUUAUCAGUUCUUCCCCCAGUAUCGUUUAUAACUAACCGGUAAAAAUAACCGAAGGCCCUUGGCUCUGAGGAGUUCUCAUACGUGGAGAUUCUGUUCUUUUCUCUUCGGUCUUGAUUCUGCGUCACUGCACCGCAUUCUCACUACCGUAAUCCACUCCAAUCAAGACUACCCUUUUAUGUUGUACAAGUGAAACCCACAUCCUUAUAUUUCUUAAAAAGUAUGAUCAAAGGGUUACUACAUGUAAAUACCUCUUUCUUUUCUAGGCCAUAACAUUGAAAAUGGUGUCCAUACUGUACAGUCACCUAUUUUUACAGUUUGUCUUACUAAAAUCAUACAUACAAAUCGGUUAUUUUUUAGCACAGAGGCUUGUGACUCAUAUUCUAUUUUUGCACUUGAAAGUCAAAUUAUGUUAUUUUUUAAAAUGGCGAGUAAUUUGGAAAGGCUACAGAGCAACGCGUAUUUCUGUAGAGCAUUAGCAGCAUCCCAGUGUAAAAGUAGUCAGCACACAAUUAUGUCCCAUUCAGCGGGAUUCUUGAUUCAGGAAAAGUAAGCUGUUUUCAACUGUCUUGUAUUUUAAAUUGCCUUCACUGAUGUAUAAGCUGUUACUGUACAUACAAGUUAAUCCUCAGUAUUCACGAGCAAUAAUGAAUGGUCAGCAGAGUUGUCUCCAGAGAUGGCAGUGCUGGGCCUCAGUUGGAGACUGAGAGCAAAGUGUCAAGCUCAUUCAGAGCCUCCACAAUAGAUGUAAGCAAUAAUUUAAUUAUAAGUCGAUUAUAAUUCUUUCUCAUAUGCUUCUGAGAUCAGUGGGUAAAAGAAAUCGUGAUUUUAAAGCAGCCUGAAGAAAUUAAGUUUUGGGGAAAGAAGUGAGGUUAAUCUGAAGUCACAAAAUCUUGAUAUUGAGGUCAUCAGAGGAUUGUGUCAGUACAUUCUUUCGUGCCUACCACCCCUUUGAUGGAUGCUGUUAGCCCAAAUUACAUUUUUUAAUAUCAGAGAACGUGAAAAGGGUUUAUCGUAUCACCCAGGUAGGAGGAAGAACCGGGUGCACACAUGUUUGAAUGCUGUGGGUUUGACACCUGUUUGAAAACAACUUAUCUGAAAAGAUUUUUAACCCAGGAUUUUUUUUUUCCCAAAGCAGAUCUAAAUUGUUUACUACCCAGGUUUGGAAAGGGCAGACACCUCUAAUCUUUCUCCUCUCGUUGCCCUCUACCACACCCCUUUCCACCUCUACUUGGUUCAAGACAUUUUCUGAAAUGGAAUUCUACUGUUAUUCAAACUGCCAUUGAUUAUGAGAACGCUGUGUCCCUUGGGAUCAUCUCUUAGAACUCCAGUUAUCUAUCAGAUUUGCUGCUACAUUUGUAAAAUGAACUUUGCCUGUAAUGGUCAACUUUAAUCUAAUUUACAGUUCUUUACUUUUAGGAGGUUUUGUCAUAUAAUUUGACCCACGUAUAGAAUUAGGAUACUUUAUUUUAGGGGUGUACCAUAAAAGCACACUGGUCCCUGUAUUCUUUUUAUCAUCAUUUAGGUUUUGAAUUUUUGUUUGCUUUUUUUGUUCAUUGAUGUUUGUUCUGUCUUGUUUUAAAUUAGAAGAGUGAGAGAAAUCUGUAAUCAGGCCAAACUUGAGAACUUGCCCCAUGCUUCAGCACUGUAGUUUCUGCUGACCUUGUGUUCUCAGAAGGGCACUUUUACUUUCUAUUGUGCAUGUAUGAUGGUUUUUUUGUUUGUUUUGUUUGUUUUUGUUUUUGCUUUCAGGGGGAUUUUGUUUUUGUAAUAAUGAUGCGGAAGAAAAAUGCAGUAGUAGGUAAAUGACGGAUUACAGACAUGUUAAACAAUUUUAUUUUAUAAAAUUUAAGGGGAAAGGUUUAACUCUGUAGAUCGUUUCUUAGCUCUGGUAAAAUGGCUUCUAUUACUCCUAAAACGUACUCGGUUCAGGCCUUUGUCUUUGUUAAGUGCCUUUUUUUUCUUUCUUUUUUCCCUUCUUUUGAAACUGCUCUCAGAUAUCCUAAAGUACAGGCUAAUACAUCAGGGGAUUCAGGAGGAAGAAUCUCAAAACUUGCCAAGAUCAUGUCAUGCUGUAAUAGUCUUCCUUUUCCUUAUAUGAAUAUGGAUAUAUGCGUAAGAUACAUACAUACGUGCAUACAUAUAUAUGUCUGUAUAUAUAUGUAUACAUAUGUAAUAUAUAUACAAAACUAGUAGCUGCUGUACCGUUGCAUCCUUUCUAAGCACUCCCCUAUUAAUGCUUGCAAAACUGCCUUGUUUAUUCCAUUGCUUUUAGUCAAUUCAAAUGGGUAGAUUGGGAAAUUGUCUUUUCACAAGACACUGUUUUCCCCCUUUGAAUAUCUGUUUGUAGAAGUCAACAGCAACAACAACUAUAACUAUAUAUAUAUAGAUAUAGAGAUAGAUAUAGAUAUAUAUAUAGAUAUAGAUAUAUAGAUAUAGAUAUAAAUAUAAAGUCAGUUAUUACAAGUAAAAUAAAUUUAGUGGACUCAUUGACUAUUCCUGGAUGUAAUCCACUACUCUGUGCCCUUCAAACUUGGCUUGCAUAAUACUAGAGAAAGCAUUGGAAUAACAAGAAUCUUAGAGUCUUUCUGGGUCAGGUUGAUAAGGUACACACGGCAGGCAAGACUAAAGACAUGGGAGAGCUAGAGUUAGAACCAUGGUAUUGUUUCUGAGUCUUGAAGGAAGUUAGCAACUUUGUCAAUAUUAAAAAUGUAUCAUGUGUUCUUCUGGGAAAUAAUUUUUGAAGAAUUCAUAUAGCUGCAUAUCUGUCAAAAGGUUAGUAAGCUUAGAAGUAGAAAGACUUCAGAUUCUGAGGAAAAACGCUCAUAUAACCCAUAGCAUUCUUGAGAGAGCUUCAGUUUUCUUAUUUGCCAAAUAAUUACAUUUGGCUUAAUACAAUUUCAUGGUUAUUUAUGUUUCUCCCUUGAGCAAAAUAACAUAAUAUUCGAUAGCUAAUAUUCAUCUGUUUCUUGUUGAAAACAGAUGUGACAUGUUAAGGGAGACUAAAUUGAACCAAUCCUCAAAGCCCAGUACAGAUACAUCUAACAAAUGCCCCCUUUUAACUACAUUUUAACUGAGGAGACUGGUGGCCAAAAAGGAGAAAGCAGAGGCUCCUGGUAGUGUUACCUGAUAGCAAGACUGUUAUCAGGUAGCCUCAGUUCAGUCAUGUUACUCUUGAAUUACUAUGUUUAGGGGGAAUAUCAUUUAACCUUUGUGCCUCAGAUUACCCAUUAGAAAAUUGGGUAUAAUAAUAUUCACCUACCUCCCAGGGAUAUCAGAGACUUUUUCAAAAAUAUUUUGAGUUUUUCUAAAAUGUCCUAUAUAAUUAAAAAAGUAUUAUCAUUUUCCUGCAGAGGCUAAAAAAUGUUUCCCUAUGAUGGGUAUAAAAAAGUACCAUAUGAUUUUUAAGUUUUAAAAAAAUCACUGGAAUUCUAAUUUAGAUACAUAUUUGUUAUUUAAACAUAUAUUUGUGGUUGGAUAAAAUGCUUAGUUUCAGGUUAAUAAGUGAGGAGGGGGUAAAUAACACUAAGUUUCUUAAUUAUAAGUAGAUUUUUUUUAGCCAUUUAUGCUAUUAUUACACGUGUGAUUUUUGCCGAGGUUGUGGAGCUGAAGCUAUAGCUAAAGCUUGGACGAUUGCUUAUUGGAGCUGAUUAAUGAUCCCAAACAUUGUAUCUGCCUCACUUUGCCAUAUUCUCAGUCUUGAUUUCCUUAUAUGACUUGUUUAGUGAUGGAUAGCUAAACUUUUAACUUUCUAAGAAUGAAUGGGAGUCUCCUCCUUCUUAUAAAUCGAGAUUGUGUACUCUUGCUGUAACUACAGGUUUAUCCAGCUUUGCACUGAAGGGGCAAGCACUACAUACAGUCAGCUGGGUGUACUUUUAGCCAGUCUACCUUUGUAAUUUAUGCUUCUUCAACGGUGAAAGAGUUGGAGCCAUCAGCUGCUCAGGUGGUAGGAAAAUGGGAGAGGGGGGAGGCAGGAUUCUUUUCCUAUAGCUGGGGAGGGGUGGGGAGGGCGGGGGUAGAAGGAAACAUGUUUUGCUCAACUCCAAAGAGGAAAGGAAGGUCAUCUUAUCCUACCCUCCGCUGGGUAUAUUAAGCAGUAAUACAUAGAAUUUUCCAUUUAUCGUUGGAAACAACAACAACAGGAAAAAAUGGAUGCCGCCUCUCUGAGCUAAAUGCUUAGCAACAUUUGUUAGGGGGUGUGUAGAUUUAAACUGUAGCACAUAUUCAGGGUCAGGAAAGAGAAUGUAGGGGGAUGAGGAACAAAUUUAUCCAGUGUAAGUGAGUCAGCAGAAAGCGCCAGGCCCGAGCAGACAAAGCCUCUGGGUUAAUUCCCAGAACUGGCUGAGGCCCAUUUAAUCUCUAGUGAUAGGAUGUUUUUCCUUAAAAGUCACUUUUUGGUUUUUCUGUUGCUUUCUCCAGAUAAAGCCUUAGUUAGUAGCCUCUAAAUAUCAACUAUGCAGAUAAACACACAAAUUUUCCACACUUUUUCUCUUUUUUCCAUUCUUUGAAUAACAGAUGUUAAUUAAGAUUUCUUCCCAAAGAAAUAAGGCAUAAGGGUUUUGUUGAAUGUGUGUUUGUUCCUCUAGGGAAAAUUAAUGGAAACAUAAAAAUAGAGAUAUUUUGUGUGUUCAUCUAUCCUAAAAUGUGAACUUUAUAUUCAAAAACUAAGUACAGAUCUGGUGCAAAUUGUAGUUAGAAUCAUGGAAUGUCUUUGGGUUGUGAAGAUAAAACCAUCCCAGUGUUCAAUUCUGAGAAAAGUUUUAGAUUCUGUGGCAUAGUGUUCAGGUUUGUGGAGCUAAACAGAUGGUCAGACUAUAAUUAAAAAGCUUUGAAUAUUAAUGUCAAAUUCUUAUUCUUUCUUCCUUUAGUCUUCAUUCUUCUUUCCUCUAGUCUGAGCUCUUCAGUUAACCAUUCCAUCAACCGAUUGCUACACUAGAAUAUAAGUUGCUAAGCGUCGGGAGGAAAGGUUAAACUGUCUUUCACCUCCUUUUCUCACUCACAUUGGCCAUCUAUGCUGUGUUCCCACUGAAUUCAAAAGUAAAGACUAUAGGCAUUUCUAGGAGACUGUUUACAUCCCAGCACAGACUCAGACAGGGACUGGUAGGAUUUUAAUCAGACUGCUUUUGAAUAACUUCGUAUUAAAUUACAUUUUUCUCAGAUACUCCCAAAGUACCAUUUGCUUGAAAGUAUUACUAUUUGUGAUCUUUGUUUAGUUUCCUCAUACUGUAAUACUUCUUUUUUCCAGCCUUUCUUACAUAUGUACAUUUUAGAUCGGGUUAGUACUUAAAUUUUGGACACUUUUCCGAACUGUUACCCAAACAGGUCAAGAAUACUUUUAAAAAUCUCAGCAGUAAAAUCAAAGGGGUCUAUAUGUCCAGAGCUUAGAGUCAUCACUGGUGACCUGAAUUAUUUUUCUCUUCUUUGUGUUAAAAAUAGAUUACUGUAUAAUGUAGUAGUAGCUACAUUGCAUGGCUUCCUCAGUACUUUUCAAGAUUAUUCAGAAGAGACACGGACCUUUGUUAGGGCUCUUAUUUCACAUCAUACUCUGCCUUGCUUAUUUUCAUUACUUCCCCUGGAAUAAACCUACUUUGCAAAGGUCUGAGUCAGAUAGGCCAUAUGAAUCCUUAGUACCAAUUUUAUGUUCCUCAGAAAACUCUCUAUACAUUAUUUGCUCCCAUUUGCCAAUAAUAAUAUAAUUCUAUUUUAAUCUAGUUUUAAAAUAUUUUGUAAUAAAGCACUAAUGGAAACCUAAUUGAAAUACAAACAAGAUGAUUAUUACCUAAGAUAACUUGGAGAUACUUCUGUUUUUGAAGUUAACAGCUCCAUCUACCCUCUAAGCACAUUUAGGAGUCAGCAGUAACCAAGACCAGCCAAGUGGCAUGUUUUUCUGUGUGACAGCCUGCCCUUUAUUUGUCACAUCUCAGCUAUAUUAUAUUUUCUGUCCUUGCGGCCAUACACUUCCCUCCUUUUUUUUGCUUCUCUCUUCUGUUUGCAGGGGUAGUGUGCCCUGUGCCCGCAUAUUGGGUUUUCUUUCCUGUACCUGUGAAAUUACCAAGAAUUACCCCAAUUUUGGCCAGAGGCAUUAAAAGAGAAGUUAUUCUCAGUUGAUAAAUGUAUUACUGUUUUAUAUAGGUAGUCGGAAAGUUGACCAAGUUUGGCCAACUUUUAAAAUCCUGGCUAUGCUUACAUAAUUAAUUACAUAUACCUUCUGAGACCUUCAGAUAAGCAAGGGGCCCUUUCACCAGUAGAGGUAGGUUUCCAACCUAUAUAUAAUUUCCGGGCCAGCCUCCAGAGAAAGGAUUCAAGCUUUGUACUGUUCUUUUGUUGGCUGUCAUUGAAAAGCUGUCUUAUAGAAUGUAUCAAAAAUAUCUAAUUGUUCUUAAGAAGAGUAUGUAAAUCUGGAGCUUGCCCUUGUUUGUUGCUCGCUAAACAUUGUAAAGCUUAAAAGAAACGGAAAGGAAAUCUCUGGCUGGUGAAAAUUUUGUGCCCCCAGUAAUGUGUUAAUCAAAGUUCUCUACCACGGUAACCAAGUGAUGAGUGUUUUCUCUUUUAUUACAAGCAAGAAAAUUUAUUUGCAGUUGCAAAACUUAUUGUGGGACUGCAGGCCUAUUUGCUAUAAAUGAUUGGAAAUAAGGAUUCUGAUUUUUAGUCUGGGUUAAAGCACAUAUUUCCAACCCUUGCGGUAUGAAUUUUCAUAAAGGAAAGACUUUUGUUUGGUAACAGAAGGAAAAACAGGACUUAUUUAUACAGUGAAUGUUCACUCUGUAGAGGAGCUUCCCUCCAGUUACACAUCAUGCUCUUACUUUAGCCGCCUCCACACUUGAUAUAGAUGCCAACAUGUUUUACAACGAGUCUUGAAGGAAGGAGCCUACAUAAUUGUUGCUCCUCCGGGUGAAAGGCCCUGGUUACUGUACUGCAUUUGUUUAUAGGGAGGUGUGUUUUUGCUAACUUGAAGGGAUAUACUGUAUUUUAAAUAAGUGUGUGACUUAAUAUUUUGGGAUUUUUUUUCCUCCUUUAAAACUGGACCUGAACACAGCUUUGAGUUGAUAUUUGUAAUAAUCUCAGGACCUGAAAGAUUGUAGCAUUUAGUGUGUCUUAAAAAUUAUGUACUGUACCAGCCAUGGAUUUUUGUAAAUAUACCUGUCUCCCUUUUUUGUAUUAUUUUAGUAAAAAAAUAAUAAUAAUAAAUUUAAAUAAAAUGGGGUGGUGACGACAUGUGGAUGGGUGUGGGUAUGUAUGUGUGUGUGUUUGUAUAAGGCUCUUUUGAGAUGAACUGGUGCUUGUUUAAUUUCCGGCUCUAAUGAGAGCAGGAAUAUGGACAAACUGCUGCUACUGAACCCUGCACUGAGCCUAGCUGUUCCCAUCGUAUUUCCUAGUGAUUGACCAGGAAAUGACUAAGUUAAAUUCUUCUUCCCACUGCCAUCUUGCCUUUGAAUUCUCAGUUCUACACACUUUUUGAACUUUAGUGGUAAAGCUUUCCAAACUUUGGGUGGUUUGCUGGUCUGUAGUUUUUAAAGAGCUCUUGUCACUAUUUUCUAAGAAGAAAGAAGGACAGGUAAAUUUUUUUAACCAAAAAAAAAAAAAAAAUCACAUUUCAUAAAAUCCUGAUGAAUUUUGGACAUAUGAGAGGACUUGAACAUUCCUAAAUGUGGAUCUGUGAAUUUAGUAAAUUGACCCCAUUGAUAUACUCCUUCAGUGCAGGGAUUUCUUUUUUUUUUUUUUCGUAACAGCCUUGCUCAUAUUCCAGGUGUAGCUAAGCAAACCCCUGUUUUAAAGCAGGAGCCUUAUUUGAUUCGGUGUAGAUGUUUUCCUGUCUAUCCUUUGUGACAGGGCCUUUUACAUGAGUGUUUUUUCUUUUUGUAUGUGUUAUGUGUUUGUUGUAUUAAAUAAAGAGGAAUGUACAUAU